UAUUACUUUUCUUGUAAUAAUUUAUUUUCUCUUUAUAAUGGGAGGUAACAAUUCCAGGUUGAUUAAUCCAAAUAGCGGCGAUGUAUUGCCUGCGAAGAUUCGUCCUCUUCUUGGACAAAGAUUUGAAGAGUUUAGAAAACGUAGGAAUAAUGUACAAGCAGAAGACAAUGAACUUUCGAAGAAACAACUUUUGAAGGACAAUGAUGGAGGCUCUGAUGGGAAGUGUUCGGAUCAAAAUGAAGUUUCGGAAGAAACUCAACCGCAAAAAGAACAGCACGCAAUAAUACAUGCAUUGGCUAUUGACAAACUCUCUCAAGUUGUUCCGUUGCCAGUUUCUGAAUGCGAAAUUAAGGAAGAGAAGAAGGAGAAGAAGGAAGAAGGGCCGAAAGGACCGAUAGAUAAAGAUGUUGAGAAGACAACAACUGAGGUAAAUAGUGGAUUGUCCAUGCAAGAAAAACAUGACAAGGAGGAAGGAGAAAGCAAAGAGGAAGAGGAAGAGGAAGACGAAGAGGAAGAGGAAGACGAGGAUGAUGGAAGACGUAUAGGUCCUGGAUCACCGAGUUUUAAAAUAUAUUGCGUUGCGAGCAACAAGAAAAAAGAACAAGAAUCACAUGACAAACAUGCAAGCGCCGAGCAAAUACCUGAGAAAGAGGAUCAAAACAUUGCCGUGUACAACAAGUCACACAGUACUGACGAUAGCGAUGAAAGUGAGAUAUCUGAAUCGGAGAAUGCAAGCAACUCGAACGAUGUUGUUAAGGAGACGACUCCGAAGAAAAAAGGACAUAACAAGAGAAAGAAGCUGGAGGCAAUGAAGAAAAAUCUACUGAAUGUUAAGAAUAUACAAAAGAAUAGAAUGAAUCGAAUGAUGGGUUGCGCGGGAAAUGACAGAAGAAGUCUUCUUGAGGAUAACUGAUUUAGAAUGCACUAGAUGCUGCUAGAGAAAAUAUUGAAGACACAUCUUAAUCAUAUAAUAACUAACUAGAACUAAGAGUUCUUCUUUGUUUGGGCUUUUCUAGGCAUCUUUUUUGUUCAAUUUCUUUUGAAUUAACAUAUACUGGUGUAGCUAGAUAUAUGGAAUAUUUAUUAGAAU